AUGAGGGCUGUCGCGAUUGCUUUGAAGACGUUAAAGACGCCUGUAAGGUGUAUUUUUCCCAGUCGGUUCGUAGUUAAAGCUUUAUUCUCGACGAAAUGCGACGGUUUGCUCAGCGAUGUGAACGUAUUAGAUUUAUCUCGCGUCAUCGCCGGUCCAUUCUGCACCAUGACCCUGGGUGACCUCGGGGCUAAUGUUAUCAAAGUUGAGAGUCUUGAAGGUGAUGAAGCUAGGAAAUGGGGACCGCCAUUUGUUAAAGAUUCCACAGAUUCAUAUUACUUUCUCUCUGUGAACAGAAACAAGAAGAGUAUUUGCAUUAAUUUAAAAUCUCAAGAAGGUAAAAACAUAAUAUAUGAUCUGGCAAAGAAAUGUGAUGUGGUCGUUGAAAAUUUCUUACCGGGGAAGUUGGAUAAGUUGGAAGUGGGUUAUGAGAAAUUAAAAGAGAUCAAUAAACAGAUUAUAUACUGCGCUAUCACAGGCUUCGGACCGGCCGGACCUUAUGCAAAUAAACCUGGGUAUGAUGUUAUUGCAGCAGCUAUGGGCGGUCUAUUGAAUUCAACGGGUGAGAAGGACGGCAACCCAGUAAAGCCAGGUGUUGCUAUCACCGAUGUCACUACUGGUCUUCAUGCAUUUGGUGCAAUCAUGACGGCCCUGUAUUACAGACAUAAGACCGGCCGCGGCCAGAAGAUUGACUGCAAUCUGUUUUCAACACAAAUAUCAAGCAUGAUAAAUAUUGCUAAUAUUUAUUUAAACUGCGGUAUCGAAGCACAGAGGUGGGGUACAGCUCAUGCAAACUUGGUGCCGUACCAAGCUUUCAAAACUAUGGAUGGUGAUAUUGUCAUCGGUACCGGUUCCAAUGCACAAUUUGCAGAUUUCUGUAAACUUAUCAAUAGAGAAGACCUGAUAAUAGAUGAUAGAUUCAAAGAUAAUGCUUCGAGAGUAAAACAUCGUGACGAAAUAGUCAGGAUUAUAGGUGAAGUCAUGAUAACUAAGACGAGGAAGGAAUGGACUAAGAUCUUCAGGAAUGCGAGUUUUCCAAACGGACCAGUUAACAAUAUGAAAGAUGUCUUCGAUGAUGAACAUGUUAGAGAAAUUGAAUUGGUGAAGGAAUUAAAACAUGUAAAGGCCGGGACUAUAAAAACGGUUGGACCUCCUACUGUUUACUCAGAGGGUGGUAAUUCAGUUAGAUUUGCACCGCCGACCUUGGGACAGCACACACAAACGAUUUUAUCAAAUUUCUUAGGAUACAGUGAUGAUAGAAUUAAAGAAUUGAUGCUAAAUAAAGUUGUUAAGUAG